CUUCUCUGUGACUGCGGAGCACCUAGCACCAGAACCCACAGCCAUGGGCUGGGACCUGAAGGUGAAGAUGUUGAACGGCCAGGAGAUCUCGGUGCCCCUGACAGCCUCCAUGCUGUUGUCAGAGCUGAAGCAGCAAGUCUCGAAGAAGUUAGCAGUGCCUGUCUUCCAGCAGCGGCUGGCCCACCCGGACGGCACAGUGCUGCUGGACGGGGUGCCCCUCAUCCACCAGAGACUGAGCUCCGGCAACACAGUCCUGCUGAUGGUGGAGAGCUGCAAGCCCCUGAACAUCCUGGUGCGCAAUGAUAAGGGCCGAAGCAUCGCGUAUGAUGUCCAGCUGACUGACACCGUGGCCCAGCUUAAGCAGCAAGUGUGCCAGAAGGAGAAGGUGCAGGCUGACCUCUUCUGGCUGACCUUCGAGGGGAGGCCCUUGGAGGACAAGCAGCUACUGGGGGAGUAUGGCCUCACCGCUGGGUGCACGGUAUACAUGAAUCUGCGGCUUCGGGGAGGCCAGACAGGCCCCAAGGGGUGCUGAGGUUCCUGCCCUCCUGAGGGACCUGGAGGAGAAGAUGCCUGGGGCCCCCACUCCGAGACCUGUGGGCUUCAACUGCCAGUAAUAAACAUUGAUGCAA